AACUCUSCGUACGAUUUAAGAGUCAAACAAUACGAAGCGACUGUCACCUGACUUUACUGCUCAUUUCUGACAUAGUCUCUUUCCUUCUUGUUCCUACAUCUUUUAUGUCCUCGAGUUCGUCUGUGAACGAGUGGGACAACGACUACGCCCGAGUUGCACGAAUCGCCUCACAAUUGCGUAGCCAGGGAUCGAAAACCAGCAGCAAAAGUGGAUAUUCGAGCCAAGCCGAUCACCGAACACUAUCUCUGCAGAUUACAAGAUUAGACGAAUCCCUUUCGACUUUACCCUUGCCGGUCGGACAAAUCCAGAGACGCCGACGUUUACUGCAGCACUUACGUGGACACAGACUCGAUAGUAUGAGUGGUAGUGGAGAUUACAAUCCCCCAUCCGCAGAUGGAGGAAAUAUGGGAGGUCAAUCACGAAUGACCGUUGCAAUGCAACAGCAAGACGCAAUGAUCGAUGAAUUGGCCGUGGGUGUAGGAAGACUGCGAGAUCAGACCCAGGUUAUUGGCGACGAAGCCAGAAUGCACGUUGAUCUUCUCAACGAUAUGGAACAGAACUUAGAUGCCGCCCACGGUGGUUUGGAUUCCGAGACGAGGCGGGCAGCACGUCUUAAGGAGGAUCAGUCGGUUUGGAGAUUGCAAUUGAUGGUUGCGGGAUUGUGUGUUCUUUUUGUACUGCUCUUCUUUAUGGGAAUGUCGCCGUAAAUCCUGAGCGUAAGAGAGCAGGCCAUAGCACAACGAAACAGAACAGAAUGCGCCAUAGCAUCGCAUGUGCGAUGGGUAGAUGCGAAUAUCCUGUAAUAUCCAUGAACACAUAUGAAGGAAGGAUAUCAUGCCUAGUCCCAAGAACAUUAAAGUUAGUACCAAGGAUUUUCAAUCUACGGUACUAAUACUGUGUAAACAAAUGAAUAUUUUUUUG